AUGCAGGAAUUUAUUUUCUGUGAAAUAACUGAACAGGAAGUUUGCCAGUUAUUAUCAUCAUCAUCUAUUAAGGCAUCGGGCCUAUAUGGAUUACCAGCAAAACUUAUUAAACUGGCCUCACCUUACAUUGCUAAAUCGCUGACAACAAUAUUUAAUAGGUCUAUAUCCACCGGCAUAUUUCCAUUUGAGUGGAAAAAUGCAAGAGUCACCCCAAUUUACAAAAGUGGCCCUAAAUCUAAUAUGGAUAAUUAUAGACCCAUAUCUAUUAUUUUGGUAAUUGCCAAAACAAUGGAGAAACUCGUACAUAACCAGGUCUAUUCCUAUUUACAACGGGCAAAUAUACUAACUAAUGCACAACAUGGCUUUAGACCUCUCCACUCCACUGUUACUGCAUUGUUAAAAAUGACAAACCAUUGUUAUCAAAAUAUGGAUGAAGGGUUAAUCAAUGGAGUUGUCUUUUUAGAUCUAAAAAAAGCAUUUGAUACCGUUGACCAUGGUAUUUUAUUAAAAAAAUUAUAUUUGUAUGGAGUGAGAGGUAAGGCGCAUGACUGGUUUAGGUCCUAUCUGUCUAAUCGUACCCAGUAUUGUCAAGUUAAUGGCAAACGGUCUGAACCACGAACAAUAAUUACUGGUAUUCCGCAGGGCUCAAUUCUUGGACCCUUACUCUUUCUUGUUUACAUAAAAAAUGACUUGCCAAAUUGCUUAAAAAGUGCGGAUUGUGACAUGUUUGCUGAUGAUAUUCAAUUAGGAAUGGCAAAUAAGGAUGUCAAAGUAAUUUUUGAAAUGUUAAAUGAUGACCUAGCAAAUAUUUCAGUUUGGAUGGUGGCCAACAAGCUGAGCCUGAACAAAUGCAAAACUGAAUAUAUGUUUAUUGGAUCACAUCAAAAACUUAAACAGUGUAACUCCGAAUUGCAAAUAAAAUUGGAGAUACGCCUAUUCAACGAGUAA